CGCAUGCGCUGUCUGCCAUAAUCCGCCACUACACAUAACAACACCAAUGCAGGCUAUUUCUAUGAUAGUCUGUUAUAACAUGUUUUCGACAUACGAAUUGCCGGUUUGGUUAUGUAUAAAUAAAACUGCUGUACUCUCUGAAUGAGGAACGCAGUUUAAUGUCAAAUUCGUACAACGUCAUUUUGUGUGUGCUAAUUGGCAGCAGUGAUAUUGUUUUGUUUGUUUACAAAGACAGUGUGGCUUUGCAACUGUCAUAUAUUUAAUACAAAUAUUCAUGUCUGCGAUUGGUUUCGGAUAAUGGCUUCAUCAAUAACAGCCAAUGACAGUCUCUACAAAGCUGCAAACAUAAUAAAUGGAUUGGAUGAAUCCAAGUUUCCACUAUUGCUCAGUCGGAUUGCGCAGGUAAUGCAACAAUGUCCAGAUGACAAGAAGCCUUUCACAGAAGAAGAACAAGAAAAAUUGGAAGUUUCAUUAGCUCUUGAUAAAGAUGAUUUGAAACUUUUAAUAGAAUCUAGCACUCUCAUUCUGCAGCAGGCUGCAUACCAUAUGAUGAAACCAACAGUAUUACAGCAACAGCUACAUGAUGUCCUUGGGUUAAAGGAAGAGAAAGCCAAAACCUUUGCCCAAGUUUGGGUGAAUUCUGCAAAAGGGAUAGUUGAACAACGUCGAAAGAAAUCUGUUUUUCCAGUACAGCUAGAAGAUGUGCGUUGGAAACUGGGUCUGCAGAUGGCAUCGGAUGUGCAACUGAAACAGAAGAUUCCAAAGGCUACCUUUCAGUUUGGUUUACUGUCAGAUUGUGAAGGUGAAAAAAUUAAGGAAAAUAUCACGUUGGAAUUCACCCAUGAUGAAUUGUUUGAAUUUCACAAGAAGCUGGAAGCUAUUCAAAGCCAACUGGAUGCUCUUAGAUGAAAUGAAGAAUGAUCCAGAGUUUUUGAAGAGGAUCAUAUCUGUGUUCUCUCUUUAUUAUAUAAUAUAACUGAUUCACUUCUGUUUUAUUUAAUAAAAAUACAAAUAUUAUAUUCAGAUCAA